UAAUCUAACAAGAGGAUCUAGAAUUUGUUGCUUGAUUUUGUUUUUAAAAUAUCACUAUUUUUGAAGAAAAAAAAGUUAAGUAGUUUCGAUUCAAUAUGUUUUAUAAUCAUUAAGAUCAACGUUUUAAUACGAUCUUUUCUAUUUUAUUCGCCCUAUAAGAAAACUGUGCCGUUAAAAUGUUUUAAAUACCGGAAAAUCAAGUGUAAUGGCGUCUGAGUCUGAAGCUUCUUGUGAAGAGGAUCCUAACUUUGCCGUUAUUUGUGCUUUUUUUGAAAAAUUUGGUGAAUUAGUUGGAAUAACAGGAACUGACUUUUGUGAGCUACAGUCUAUGCUUGAAGAUACACACACAGUUCACAAUGAUCUUAUAGAGCUUCAUGUCAAACUACUCAGGAAAAUAAAGAAAAGUGUUACUCCAGAACGUUGGGAGAAGUCUGUAAUAAAAUUUUGCCACACAUUUUCAAACUUAGAUGCUUGGGAAGUAGAGAGAUUUGGAUACAAAAAGGCAAAACUAUCAUCAAAAAUCCGAAUCCUUAAGGAACUUCUUGAGGCACAGUUUGAUUUUAAUACGAAGUUCAAAUUAGAAAUAAAUAAGAUUACCUCCAAGGAUCUUAGAUCUCAGCCUAUAGGACGGGACAAAUUUGGACAUGCUUACUGGUUUCAGAGUGAUGAAAAUUAUCAAAUAAAAGUUUAUAAAGAGGACUUGGAUGAUGAAAAGUGGACCUUAGUGGCAAAUGACCGAGAAGGGCUAGUUUCAUUAAUUUCGUCUCUAAGUGAUGGCGAUAUUAAGUUAAGCCCUGCUGAUUCAGCUGGAAAUGAGGAUAGUAAUAGCCUGUCUGAAAAACCAAUUAUUGACACUGGACAACAAGAUUCUGAUUCAAAUUUGGAAAAGGAUGAAGAAACAAUUCAACCCCAAAACAGUGAAAAGGAGAGUGAAAAUGAAGAUUCAGAAAAACCAGAGGAAAAUACUGAUGAUCGACCAUCUACUUUAAAGAGGGACAGAGAAGAAGACACAGAAGAAGGCACAGAAAGUGAUAUUGCAAACUCAGACAUACAAAAGUACAAAAUUAAAAAUUUGGAAGUGGUGGUUUCCGAUAUUAAAAAAGAUUCUGUUGUCGGUAAGGCAGUUGAAGAACCAGUAAUGAAAAUACAGGGAGAAGGAUCUGGGGCUGAUAAUGAAGCAGGAGUAAUUGGUGAAGAGAUUGUGGAAGAAAUGGUUUAUUUUUAUGGGAAUGGAAGCGGGAAGGAUUGUGAAACUGGAUGUAGUCAUGAGAUAUCUGAAAAAGAAUGCCCCAUUGUUGGGGAUGUAAUUGAAGAAAAUGUUAUAUAUUUUUUUGGUGAAGGCUGUGGUGAAGAAUGCAAAACUGGAAAUGAGGGUAAUGCGGCUGAGAAAACGGGUGAAAACUGCGCAAAAUCCAUUACUAGCGAGGAACUUGAAAUUAAGUCCAAACAAGACCAAGUGGAAACAACGACGAACGAAGCAGUUGAUUCAACUGAUAGUAUAACUAUUAAUUCUUUAAAAGAAAAUGCACUUGAAAGUAAUGGGAAAUCCGUUAACAAUAUUUCAGAAGAUAAUUAUGCAGAAAAACCGCAAAACUGCAAAGUCGCCGCAGAUGUAGAUUUACCCAAAGAAGCCAAAUCCGCCAUUACAAACGACAAUAAUACUGUAUCCAAGGCUAGUGAAACGUCGAGUAAUAAUUCCGAAGACUCUAAGUUAGCUCUAAAAGAAAAGAAAGAAAAAGAAGAUGACAAGACUGAAAUUAAAUUAGAUAUUACAGAGGGUAUAAAAAGUGAUGUAAAUAAAACGUGCAAUGAAGAGCCAAAAAAACCACUAGCAGAGGAACCACCUUGUAUUAAAAAAACUGCAUACAUUUGCGGAGAUGAAGAUAAAGAUAAUAUAGACAAAAAUAAUGAUAAAGAUAUAGACAAAAAUGAUGAGAAAGAUAAAGACAAAAAUGCUGAAAAAGAUAUAGAGAAAAAUGAAGAUAAAAAUGUAGAAGAUACAAACAAGCCAAAGGAUUCUGAAACAAUAAAAAAGGACUCUAAGUCACAUGAUGACGAAAAAGAUUUAUCGACAAAUGAAGAUCCAAAAGAAAGUAAAGAAGUGCCUGCCGAACCGACAGAAUCGCUGAAAAACGUAUUGUCAUUUGAUUUCCAUGACACUGCCCCUGCACCCGUAAUCAGUACUACAACUGCGAUGAGAGCUGUGCGAAAACGGGGUCUAGAGUCAGUAGCAAGUAAACCACAAGAGCCCGAUGACGGUCCCGAAAAAAGGUUGAAAUUAAAGGGUCGCCGAGCGGUUGACACAGCAUUACGAAAAAGUGUGGAACAACGAAUAGAACAACUUCAUGGAAGCAGCAGUGAUAGUAAGGCGAGCAGUGAAGAAGAUAAAGCUAAUAAAAAAAUUGGCAGAUUUGGUAAAAAGAAAAUCCAGAAUAAAGACGUUAAAGAGGAAAAUAAAAAACCUGUCGCCAAGAAAGAUACUCCAAGAAAAAAUCGUGAAUUGGCUGGCCUGAAUAUAGAUGAUUCGUUAAGUGAACGUCCACAAUUAAGGCAGUCCCGUAGAAUAGCGCUGCUGAAAAUUAAAGAGCAAGUGAAUCCAAAGGAGCAGCAAAAAGAAGAGAAAAAACACAAAAAAGAUAAAGAUACAUUGGAAAAACGUAAAAAGAAAGGAAAGGACGAUUCUGAAGAGGAUAUAGAAGCUGAUGAGAAAUAUGGCGGGAAGAAGAAAAAGAAAGAAAAGUGUUUUAAUCCACAAAGGUUUAAAGAACGCCCUUGGCAUACAAGCAGUGAUGAAAGCGAAGAUGCGCCCGAAGAGGAAGAAGAGGAGGAAGAGGAGGAACCAGACUUAGGACCACUAAAAUCUGACCAUGAGUUUUCACCGGAAAGUGAAGAGGAUAACGACGAAGAAUGGCAACCGGUUAAACGAGCGAGAACAGCUAAAAAAGAAUCCGAUGCAGAAGAUGUAGAUGAUUUUCCAUGUCAAAAAUGCAAUAAAAGCGAUCAUCCUGAAUUGAUUCUGCUUUGUGAUAAAUGUGAUAACGGCUGGCAUUGUUCAUGUUUGCGGCCACCAUUACUAGGCAUUCCGGAGGGUGAUUGGUUUUGCCCGCCAUGCGAACACAUUAUUCUGCUUGAAAGAUUACAGGUCAAACUAAUAGAGUACGAUAAAAAACUAAGUAGAAAAGAGAUAGAAAUGAGGCGGAAAGAACGAUUAGCAUAUGUCGGAAUUAGUUUAAAUAAUGUCUUGCCUAACAAAGAUACAGAGCACCAAAAGAAAAGGCGGCCUCCUCGUAGAGCUUCCACAGAAUCCGAGAGCGCAGAUUCUCAAAGUGAAUCCGAAACGGACAGUGACGAACCUAUUUAUCAACUUCGACAGCGAAGGCAAAAUAAGAGCUAUAAAUUCAACGAAUAUGACGAGAUGAUUAAAGAUGCUCUUGGAGAAGAUGUAGAAAAACCGGAAGACUCUGCCGGGAAUCUGGGGCGAGGAAAAGAUAUUCAAACUAUUGUUAAAGGACUCGAAGAGGAACAAAAAGAAGAACAGGAAAAUGCAGCGAAGAAGGAAAAAGAUGUUUCUAAUGCUGAUAGGCCAACUACGGCUGUUCUCAAGAAAAUGCUUAAAAAAAAACAUCGUAAGUUAAAUAGUCUCGACUUUGACAGUGAAGAGGAAGAUAUUUCUGAUGAAGACUUUAAGGGCAGCUCAUCGGAAAACUCAGAAGACGAGGAAGAGAUAACUGAAAAUAGUGAAGACAGUGAUGAUUAUGUUGGCCGCAAACGAAGAAAAAAUUUACCAACUAGGCGCUCAACGCGAGCUAGAACGAAAAGAUACGAUAGUGACUUUAUUAAUGAUAAUAGUGAUGAUGAUGCACCCAGGCGUAAAAAAAAGAAGUCAAUUUGGGAUGAAUCGGAUAGUGAAUCAGAUGUUUCAAAUUACGAGCGAAAGGUGAAAUCUAAAAAGAAAAAAAAGAAUCGGGAAGCUUUAGAAUCUAGUGGAAAGAAGAAUAGGAGUAGAAUAAAAUAUGGAGGUUUAACAUCGAGCGAAGAUGAGGACCUUGGCAGGGGACGCCGAACAAGAGGAAAGAAAAUGACGUAUGUUGAUACAUUAGGUUCAGACAGUGACGAAGAAUCUGUUUCGAAGAAAAACCCCAGAAGAAUUUUAAGUGACGAUGACGAAGAUUUUGUUGCAAAUGAAGAAGAUGAGGAAGAAGAAAAGGAGAGUGACGAAAAACCAGAGGAAGAUGAACAAAACCAGGGAAAAGAUAAUGAUGACGACGACGACGAUGAAGAUGAAAGAGAAGAUGAUGACGAUGAUGAUUCUGAGAAAGAGAGACGCCUAAAACGAUCACUUAUUGUUCCUAAAAUUUAUAUAAAAAAACCUAUGGGAACUAAGCUGCCUAAUCCUCCCCAAGUUAAGCCAGGGUCAUUACCAGAAGAAAAAACUGAUACUCCUAGUGCUGCAAAGGAAGCUAAGAAGCCAGCCGAUACACCUAAAUUUAUAUCUAACAAUAACUUGGGCUCUCAAAACUCGAAAAUAGCCUUAGAGAUUAAGGAACAAAAACCUGAGAGCCAUCUGACGGACAGGCGUAUGGAGCUACAAUCCAAGCCCAAUGUUCUUAAAGCAGCCACUAACAGUUCAAAGUUAAAUGAUGUUCCUAUACAUUCCAGUGCACCUUUACAUGUACAACAAGCUGUUAUUAAGAGAGAUAAUGCAGGCAUCCCAGGAAUGAACGUUCCAGAAAAAAAUGCGUCAAGUUUGUUAUCUUCUAAAUUAAUGCCUUUGAAACGACCUAGAAAACCUAGUGAUUCCCAAGAACCAAUAGUAAGAAAUGUUGGCUCGUUGUUUAAAGACGAUGAGGAAAACGAUGACUUAUCUGAACCGCCCGGUUUUGCUCUGCCAGACUUUAAUAAACUGCCGAGUAAAUCAAGGGAGAGCGAUGCCGAAGCCUCAAAGAAGUUUAGGGAUAACGUUAAGGUAAAAGAGCCCUUUCCAGUGGUCCAGAGCCCUACAACAAAUCAAAAGCUGUCAAAACCAGCGAUAGAAAUUGCUGCUCCACCAGAACCCUUUACUCAAGAACCGCAUGCGCCCUCUGUCAUUACUCGAAUGUUACAGUCAAAACCUGGCAUAAGCUUAUACCCUGUGGGAAGAAUUCGCCCGAAACAAUUUGCAACUAUGAGGGACGAUGAUUCAGAUGAAUCUAGUCCAAAAAAUUCUCCUACCUCGUCGCCUAGUAGAACACCUAUUCCUUAUAGUCCAGGUGGACCUCGAGCUCCAGUACCCUAUAGACAUCCCGUUCCAGCUCAACCCAGUAUAAACCACUAUCCACGUGGACCUUUAAACGUUCGUGUACAUCCUAAUCAUCCCAUGUUUGCACAUCGGCAAAUGGGAUCUCCUGUAUCUGACACAAUUCCCGUUAACCUCUCAGAUCCUGCGUCAAGAGCUUCUGGGCCGCCUGCACCUAACGGCAAUGGUUCUAAGCCAGUUCACAGGCCAAGCUUACGAGGCGGACCUAGAGGCAGUCCUCGAAUGAAUAGAUAUCCUGAAGCAAUUAGUCAACCGUCAUCUGGACCACCCGCUCAACUGGGACCACCUAUAACGCCCAUAGGCGGACCCAGGCCACGUAUGGGCCUGCGCCCGCCAUUUAGAGCGCGACCUCCAACGGAUAGACCUGAGCCACCCGUUUCCCAAUCAUACGGGCCCCCUGACUCUCAGCCUUACGUGUCACAGAGUGCUCCCGCGAAUGGGUCUCCGCCGCCUAUCCGGCAGACUUUCGAUGCACCGCCAACAUCAACCGCUAGACCUGCUUCGCCUCCAACCUCACAGCCUUACAUCUCUCCACCCAAGACGACGGCUCUUUUAGCUUCCACAACUAAUUCUUACAAUCCACCGCCUAGUGCAAACUCCGAACCUCCGCAGCCUAACCAGCCCUAUAUCCCUCCAUCCCAUUCUACAACAGCUGGGGUCCCACCUCCAAUUUCACAACCUUAUGUUCCCACUUCUUCGACGGGAGCACCACCCUCGCAUCACCCUCAUACGUUUCCGCCUGACGUUCGUGGAGUUCCUAACAAUGAUGGACCACCCCCGCCGGCACACGACGCACCACCGCCGCAACCUUAUCCUCUACCUCCUGCUGUGCCUACAUCGACUGGUCCGCCUACUGGCCAUCCGCAUUACCCACCUGCACAGCCUGUUUUGGAUAAUGUACCCCCUUCAAAUGAAACCUCAGAGCAGUAUUUUGGGCCCUAUCCCCAACCCCACUCAUCAGAUCGUAGAGAAGAAGAUGGAUCAUACGAAGAAUCGGUAUCUCAAGAACCAAGGCCUCCCUACCAAGAUACAUAUGAUGAGACUCAACCUCCAGAUCCACCUUCAGAUGGUACCAAUAACAAACCGUACGAAGAUGAAUCCGGUGGAGAAUUUGCUGGAUUAGCCUCUUACUUUUCAAGCCAAAGGGAAGACGAUCUGGAUUCAUAGUCUAAAUAUUUAAGCAUUAAUGGAAUACUUAUGCGGUUGGUGUCUUCACAUGGAAGCUAGAAUUUAAUAACACUAAAAAUAUUGUACAGUUUUAUUUAAAUUGAUUCUCGAUGUAUUGUCUAUAUUUUUGUAUAUAAAACAUUAAAGGAGUUAAGUUUAAUGUAUAAUCUUAUAAUAUGAAAUGCAUGUAUUUUAUAAAAUAUUUUUUGUUUAUACAGAA